CCGGGUGGUCCUGGGGUGGAGCCUUGGCCGAUCUGGUAGACUAGCGGUGUCAGGCGGGAUCCUCCUGCAGUGCCGGUCUUUAAUGCCCAGACUCUGUUCCUCUCCCAGCCUUUUGUUUAUCCCUUUGGUUGUUCGUUUUAGUCCGUUCCAAGUGUCGAGAUGGGCCUUCUCUCCUCCUCCCCCGACGUCAGGGUGUUCAGGAUUUAACGGAAUUGAUAAUGUCUCGAAUAAGUUAAGAAUGACCACGCCGAACAAGACUCCUCCUGGUGCUGAUCCCAAGCAGUUAGAAAGGACUGCGACAGUAAGGGAAAUCGGGUCCCAAGCAGUUUGGUCACUGUCAUCAUGCAAACCAGGUUUUGGAGUGGAUCAAUUACGAGAUGACAAUCUAGAAACUUACUGGCAGUCUGAUGGCUCUCAGCCUCAUUUAGUGAACAUCCAAUUCAGAAGAAAAACAACAGUGAAGACAUUGUGUAUUUAUGCGGACUAUAAAUCUGAUGAAAGCUACACUCCAAGCAAAAUCUCAGUCAGAGUAGGAAAUAAUUUUCACAACCUUCAAGAAAUCCGGCAACUUGAAUUGGUGGAACCAAGUGGCUGGAUUCAUGUUCCUUUAACUGACAAUCAUAAGAAGCCAACUCGCACAUUCAUGAUACAGAUUGCUGUUCUAGCCAAUCACCAAAAUGGAAGAGACACCCACAUGAGACAAAUUAAAAUAUAUACACCAGUUGAAGAGAGCUCCAUUGGAAAAUUCCCCAGAUGCACAACCAUCGAUUUUAUGAUGUAUCGUUCAAUACGGUGACUUGAAAAUGGGAGAGAAGUGAAAUAGACAUUUAUUUUAUCCUGACAUUGAGUAUUAUGUCAAUUAUCUUUAGUGGAAAAGCAUGUCGUUUUACAGUUUUGUAUAUAUUUAAAACAUUUUAAUUUAGAUAAGUAACUUUUGGGUGAUGCCUUUUUUCUUUAUACAAUAAAGCUCAUAUAUUUUAUAUUGCUAAAAAUAAAUUUGAAGUCAAUCUUUAAAUUUUUCUUUAUAUUAAAAGAAAACUAGUUAAACUGAAAAUUUCAAGAUGUACAUAAUUUUUUUACUAGCGUGGUUAUUAUUUCAUAUAAUGGUUGUUGGGCAUUUGGGAACAAUACUCUGUUUUUUUAGUAUACCUGUAAUAAUUUUUUAAUAACAUAAGAUUAAUUUUUUGUAGAUGAAAUUUAAUUUUUUAAAUGUGUGAUCCUUUUUAAACAUAGUAUCAAAAUAAACUGGUACUAGAUGUUUGUUA